AUGCAGCAAGUGGAGCACGAGGCAGACCCGCACAGAAAGGCAGGCGGCAUCGGCAGCAAUGGCGGCAGGAACAGUGGCAGCAGGGCUGCGAUUGCCAUGGAUGGUGGGAGCACAAGUGGUGUGCAUCGGCAGGUGGUGAACUUGAUGUUCCGCCAAGGGGAUUACGCCACUGACUCGUGGAUGCAUGCAGGGGAGGGCGCGGGUGCUAGUGGCAGCAGUGAUGUGCAUUGCCGGACCACGUCUUUCUGCACAUGCAGACCCCAGGGUGCGUUCGACCUCGCGUGUCUGCUCCUGGCACACGAGGCCGCCAUCGCCUUCGACCUCCCCAAGACGGGCGUGGCGGGACAGAUGCCACACGACCUGCGCGUGCAGGAGUACCCCGAUUUCAUGGAGAAGGGCUCGAGUAAGGAGACGUACGAGUCCAACAAGGUGCUGGGGCGCCUGUACCGUGCAGUUAAAGACACUGCCGUGGUGUAUGAUGAUGACGAUCUGCCGCGCGUAGUACCUGCGGUGGCAGAGGAGGAAGGGGCGGGGGGCGAGGAGACGGCGCAAGAGCGGAGGGAGUGGGAGGAGGAGGCGGCUCGGCAGGUGCACGAGGCGAGGGAGGUGAGGGAGGGGGCGGGCGAGGGUAUGGGGUGGGAGGACGAGGUGGCGGUGCUGGAGGAUGGGCGCACGAGGCUGCGGUGGGCGCGCGUGGAGGAGGUGGGGCCUGCGUACACGGAGGACCUAAGUGUGGAGGGGUUCGAGCAGCAUGUGCAGGAGGACAGGGAGCUCAAGUGGGCGUAUGACCGCUCCAUGCUGCACAUCCUGCACCAGUUUGGCAUCAUGACGGAGGCGGAGGUGGCAACAGGUAGCAUGCUUCAGGCAUCGCACCGCAACGGGCGCAAGGACGAUGCUGUGCGCGAGCAAGUGCGCAAUAUGUUUUCUAACCUGCACCGCCACUACCACCGCCUGCUCGUGUGCGGGGCAAAGCACGGAGGGGAGGAAGACGAUGAUGUUGAUGACGACAGCAGUGACGCCUCUUUUCCUGCUGCUCGAACGAAGCAGCAGCAACAGAAGAAGGAUCCGCGGCUGCGAGUGACGCCCAAGGUGAACGUGGUGCAGGGCAUCAAGGCGAUGGUGCCAGACGCUGCUCCAACUGCCCACAAGCCCAGCGCUGAGCACCCCAUCGCCAACUGA